AUGGCGCGCCAACAACCCAGGUCGUCUGUUGUCAUCCCAGCCCGUACAUCCAGUGCCAAUGCUCAGAGUGUAGAGCAAUCUCAGCCUCGAAGCACCGGUAGGAAGGACAUGCACUCGAACUCGAAGGCGCAGAAGAUCUUGGGCACGAUGGAGCUGCCGAUGGAUAGUCGCUGGUCGAAGAUGGGGGACAGGGACUCUGCGCAGAGACAGCAUGGGAUGCGGAGCGGACACUCGACGACUCGAACUGAGCGCAAUGGCAACCUCCAACCUCCAUUUAGCCCAACCGAACAUGCAUCAUCGCCGAACUUGCGCGUGCGAGCCUCGUCGCCGUUGCUAGGCCAGAGCUACCGUGACCGCGGCCCUUCAUUCUCUUCCGUCCAGCCUCCUCCCACGAAGCCUAUUCACCCGUCAGAGUCGUCCACCUCGCUACAUAGUGGCUAUAGUUCAAAAGAUACCUCGGCCACCUACUUCAACCGAACUCCUGCUUUGCCCACAAGUUGGUCAGGCGACAAGCCCGACAAAGCGACGGAGGGGGAACAGGCAAAGGGUAACAAAACGCCGAAAACGCCCACGAAAGAAUCUAAGAGAAAGGGACGGCCUCCGAGGAUUGAUCUGUCGUUACUAUUCCCAAGACCAAAGGCCUCCGCGGCGCCUCUCCUGUCUCCCCAGAGAAUGAUGGAUUCGCCAUCCCCGGUCUCUGCUGGCUCCGAGUCAUCCAUUGGCAAGGCUAAGAGGUCCGACAAGUUCUACUCGUUCGGUAACAGGCUUUCCAAGACACCGCCACGAUCCAGUGGAAGUUGGAAAGAAAAACAUGCUACAGUUCGACAGCUUGACCCGAUGCCUCCACUGCCAACCGCGAAACAUACUGAUUGGUACGAUUCUCCCGUGGAGAAAACAAUCUGCUGUUCGGGAGGAGAUCUCACCGUGGAGAUCCAUGAGCGGGAAGAAAAGAAAGAACAGGAGGAAGAACCGGCGCCAGUCACGAUUGACCGUGAGCGUCAGAAACCCCCUAAACAUCGCUUCAGCACUAUGCCCUCGACUAGGCCACCCAAGCCAUACGAUCGAACGAAGAGAAUGUCAUCCCACAGCUCUCUAACUGCUCGCAGCGGCGACUCACAUCUGAGUCCAAAGGCCGUGAACAAUCUCUCUAACACCAUCAAAAGCUCGCUCGAGACAUGGCAAUCUGACGGUCGCCUGGGAUCUCCGGCCGGUACUACCGGUUCUGGAGCCAUGUCCAAGAAGAGCAGCAAAAGCAGCUUUGGGAACGCAGACCUUCAUUAUUCAAGUGUCCUUUGCUUGUCAUCGUCGGAAGAUGAGGAAGACGACGACGACGACGAAGGAGUCAUGGCGCAGAAGUCUGCCACCGAUGCGACUUUCCGGAGUAGCGUUGCUACAUACGGAGAACAUGAGCCGGAGAUCUGCACGGCAUCCACUGUCCAAGCUGCCAAAGGGCCGACGUUGACGCGGAUUCAAAAGCCAACCCUGACCUUGCAGGAAUCUCGCCAGUCACGACGUAACCAGUCUGUACGUCGGGAUCCCUCAGUAUCAUCAUAUAGCAGGUCAUCACGGCUCUCACGCCCUCCAAGUGGAAUUCCUACAAUAUCAGAACCUGAGAACGAAGAGACGGAAGACGGGGUUCCUAUGAUGCGAUCUACCCGUUCCAAGUCUAGCAACAGGCGGAGCCGAAUUAUUUCUGUCACCAGGCAGGAAGAAUUCCUUCUGGAAGCUAUCAGACAGAGGAAAGGAAAAGUGACGCCUAGUCUCUUCCACGAGGCUUCGUUUGCAUCGCGAGAUUCCGAUCGAAACUCGACCCUUUCCGUGAACCCGCGCGAAUCGACGUACAAUGCGGACACCUCUUUUUUACGCCUUAGCCCUGGCAUCCCUGCCUUCCCGGAAGUCUGUGGUUCGACGGAUCUCAGUGUAGCUGAUACGGAAAAAGAAGGUUCGGUCACUCACAGCACCGGUUCGGAUACUGAGCAGAGGACCGAUAACUCUACCGUGUCUCCACGAGUCAGUUUGAUUUAUAGUGAUACUCUACCAUCGCCGUCCACCAGCCGCGCCUCUCCAAUGACACCGACUCUGCCUAUCCAUCGCUUCUCCCCACCACCGUUGCACCCACCGCCGCCGUACGCUCUACCUCCGGUCCCGGAGAGCCACAGCCAGAGAAGGCACUCGCGGCGGCGCACUGAUAGCAGUGAAGCGAUUAUCAUCAACGAAGGCGAUGAUUCGAAGCAGGAGGACGAGUUUCCUGUGUGGGCCCUCGGCUGGAACGAGCGAUCUAGCAUGACCAUUAAGAAGGAGAUAUUAAUAUCUCUCUUUCUCCAACUGACCUUAUCCGCUCCUUUCUUGGUGGGCCUGUCCAAGGUCGUGUUAGCACAACCACCGAGGACAAACACCGGCGCGGAAACUAAGAUCGUCAACAUGGGGGAAGGCCCGCAACGCUCAUCCUCCUGGAUAGGAAUUCCGCUACGACAUCUGUCUGUGAUUCUGCUAGCGAUCCAAUACACAGGCUUUGCACUGCUGCUACACUAUUCCCGUGUGAUGCCCACUGUCGCGGGCAAACGCUAUCUGACAUCAACCGCCGUCUUCCUUAACGAAGUAACUAAGCUCGCGAUCUCCCUGACCAUCGCACUAUACGAAGUUUCUAGGAACGCACCGCCCUCCGUUCCCGCGACGUCGCUCUUCUUUACCCUCUCUAGUGCCGUUUUCUCGGGAGACAGCUGGAAGCUUGCGAUCCCCGCCCUCCUCUACACGUUGGCCAACUCCCUCCAAUACAUUGCUCUUUCGAACUUGGAAGUGGCAACGUUCCAGGUUACCAAUCAGCUGAAGCUCCUGACAACAGCAGUUUUUGGCCUUGCCUUGUUGGGGACAAGCAUACCUCCGCGAAAAUGGGCGAUUCUCUUGUUCCUUGUGGUCGGAGUGGCCCUAGUUCAGUUGCCGAACGGAGACUUGGAGGGGCUGUCUUACAGAGAUGACGCACAUCUCUACUUUCCCAGAUCCCUAGAGGAAUGGAAGAGAAUGGGCGGUACCGCUGCCCAUCUGCACAAGCGUUCUGCCACAUAUGAGGGCAUCCAGGAGGAUGAGCUGUCACAACUACCGCGCCUCGAUGCGACCAUUGGCUUGCUCGCAACAAUCGGGGCAUGCAUUUCGUCUGGACUAGCCGGCACUUACCUGGGUAAGGUGCUCAAGGAUAGCUCGAACCCGACAUCUCUCUGGAUCCGCAACGUGCAGCUGGCUUCCUAUUCGAUAUUCCCGUCUUUGUUUAUCGGAGUUGUCUUUCUUGAUGGCGAAAAGGUCGCCAACAAUGGUUUCUUUGAGGGUUACAAUUGGGCCGUCUGGGCAACCAUCAUCGUGCAGGCUUUGGGAGGAAUUGCGUCUGCUUUCGCCAUUGCCAAUGCCGAUAGUAUUGCAAGGAACGGCGCAGCUAGCCUCAGUAUCGUUCUGAGCACUGUAGCAAGCGUGUUGUUUUUCGAUUUCCAAGUUACAGGAACUUUUGUCGUUGGGGCACUCAUCGUUCUUAUCGCAGCUUACAUUUACGGAAACCCGACUCCGGGUUCAAGCAAGAAGGCCCUUCGUCCACCACCCAUACGCAUAGAUACCUAUGAGAAGGAUAUCGAUGGCGAUAAUGAGACUUCUCUAUCACCGCCGACGAAUGACUUUUCGAUCAAACUUCCCACAACGCCCCUGCUCAGCCAGACGGGCAUAUCGACAUCUAGACCGACGUCCCCUAACCCUCGAAGCACAAGUGGAAGUUACCUUUCAAAGCAGGAGAGAGAUUCAUAA